AUGAACCCUCAUGCUUCAAACACCCACUUGAAUGCCCCUCAUCUCUCCGAGCUCCCUGCAACGAUGCCGUUUCAGGAUGCGUCGGCGGUGCUCGGCCGUACCUCCAGCUUCCGGAGCAUUUUCUCCGCCGAGAACUGGGCGGAGCUGCCGCUGAAGGAGGACGACGCUGACGACAUGGUUAUCUACGGCGCUCUGCUUGAGGCCGCCGCCACCACCGGAUGGUUCCCGGCAAAUGGCAGUGGGGUGAGCAAAGUACCAGUUAAAAAGGAAAAUGGGGGUGAAAGCAGUGGCACCAAAGGCGAGAGUGGAACUCACGCGCCUCCGGUGAAGGGGUUGAGCUACCGAGGCGUGCGGAGGAGGCCGUGGGGAAAGUUUGCGGCGGAGAUAAGAGAUGCUAAGAGGAAUGGUGUGAGAGUGUGGCUUGGAACCUAUGAAACUGCUGAGGACGCAGCUUUGGCAUAUGAUCGAGCUGCGUUUCGAAUGCAUGGCUCCAAAGCAAAGCUCAAUUUUCCACAUUUGAUUGGUUCGGAUGAAGCCGAACCGAUUAGGGUUACAUCAAAGAAACGUUCGUUGAAUGUUUUACCGUUGGUGACUGCAAAACGGAGUAAAGAUAAUUCUUUGGUUAUUCGGAGAUGA